UCGAUUGAAAAGAAUCAGACGAGUUAUAAAAAACAAAUUCGAAAUCAUUUGAGCCAAAAUCUCGAGUACGGGCCCUGCAGAGGACUGCUUGGUUCUAGGAUCUGAUGCUGAGGAAGGGGGAGAAACCUCCGGAGGAUUAAGGUGGAAAGCCCAAAGGAAGGGGUGGCAGCAACGGAAGAACGGACCGAGCGAGGGGAAGGGAUCGUGAGGGAGCGGGGCCGAUGGGGUUUCCCCCAUCGCUCGACAAAGAAACUCUCACGGGGCUUGUCUCACUAGAGAAGAAAAGACAGGGCCUUCGCCGCUUUUUGAACCGCCCAAUACACCGCACGGGAAUGAAUGGGACGAAACUGACAACGAUAAAAACUUACCACGACUCCAGCAACGAAAACUCGUGCUCGUCCGUUUCGCCGUCGAUCAAAUAUCCUCGCGCGGGUUCCGAAACCAACGGCGGUGAUGCUCCGUCCCUGUGGGCCCCGCCCUCUCCCAGCCCCCGACCCCUCGUGAAGCGCCAACGUCGGCGUACGCGCUUGAUCCUCGGCGGCCCCCCGUUCACGUACCCCUCACGUGGUCCCCGCCUUCGUUCGCCGGCGCCUUUCGCCGCCUCUUUACUUGCCCCACCUGCCGCCGUCAAACCCUAACGCUAUCGACGUCGACUACAUAAUAGUCCAGCGCGCGCGAGAGAGAAGGGAAUUGGGGUUUGGGAUCGGGAAGAUGGAAGGGAGGGAAGCGGCGCCGACGAGGCCACCGAACCUGGCGGUGCUAUACCGGGAGGACUGCUGGAGCGAGGGGGAGACGUCGGCGCUGGUGGACGCCUGGGGCGACCGCUACAUCGAACUCAACCGCGGGAACCUCCGGCAGAAGCACUGGCAGGAGGUCGCCGACGCCGUCAACUCCCGCCGCGGCGCCGGACGCCGCCCGCCCCGCACCGACAUCCAGUGCAAAAACCGCAUCGACACCCUCAAGAAGAAGCACAAGGUCGAGAAGGCCCGGAUCGCCGCCCGCGCCGAGAGCCAGUGGCCCUUCUUCUCCCGCCUCGACGCCCUCGUGGGAUCCUCCCCGGCCCCGGCCCCGGCCGCUCCGAAGAAGCCCUCCGCCUCGCUGUCUCUCGCCCUGCCGCUCCCUUUCCACCGCAAGGGCUCAUCCUUGUCCGCCGCCACCGCCGUGGGCCCGGCGGAGCCGAGGAAGAAGCAGUCUACCGCCGCCGCCACGUCGUUCCCGGUGGAUAGCCCGUUCUUCAGGCGUGCGGCCGCGGCGAAGGACAAGGAUGAGGGGUCGGGAUCGCUGUCGAGAUCGUCGUCGAGAUCAGAAACGGGGUGGAAGAGGGGGAGGGAAGGGGAGGGCAACGGGAUCCGGGAACUGGCUAGGGCGAUCGUGAGGUUUGCGGAGAUCUAUGAGAGGGUGGAGGAAGCAAAGCAGAGACAGAUGAUGGAGCUGGAGGAGCAGCGGAUGGAGUUUGUUAAGGCGCUGGAGUUACAGAAGAUGGAGAUCAUAGUGGAUUCGCAAGUGCAGCUUGCAAAGAUCAAGCGUUCCAGGCAAUCACAUACUGUCACUAGGAAAUAUUGACAGAGCCCAAAACCUGCUAUUCUAUGGGAGGAAUGAGAAAGGUAAAUUAAAUUGUUAGAGCUUGGAUGAUAAAUCUUUGUAAAAUAAAUAUCAUCACUGGCAUCAUUCUCAUCCAUAAAGAGAACUCACUCACUGGCUAUGAAUUCACAACUCCAUCAAAUAUAGUCGACUGUUUUUUUCCUAAGCCAACAACAUUCUGUUUCGACUGCUAUAUAUACUUGGGAACUCAUGUCGAAUUUAGCAGUUAGAUACUUUCAUGCAUAAUAUUUCCUUUUAGUUGUGCCUACUUAUGCAACUUGGGGCUCUUGAAAAUGGAUAAUGCGUGUGAAAACCAGCUGCCUACUUUCUAGGAUGACAAUAGGGGAGCAGCUUGAACUUGAAUGUAAUGAGGGAUCUUUUUUUUAAGUUGUGCAACUACAAGAAUAAAGAUAGAAGAAUCUUUUCUGGACUCGGUACGAGUAAAUUUGGUUGAUCUGAAGACAAACCGGACCCAGUUUGAAUUCUAAUGAGUCUUUUGUUCCUCGUCAUCUGCCUAAUCUGAAUUUACGGCUUAAUUCUUCAAGUCUUUUAUUGCACCAAUUCUCUUCGGUAAUGUGUCGUCAACUCAUUCUCAAAAUUGAUGGCUUUGCUUUUUUAGUAUAGGUUAUUUCGAUUUAUUUCUUGCCAUAUCUAGAAGGCAUCUGUGGCCUUCCAAUGAUCCAAUCCCUUUUGCUAAUAGAUCUUAUUUUCCCGAAAUUUAAGUAGAAUGGAGGUUACAUUUAUAAUUGAAUCUGAACUUUUGAAGGAACUUUAAGUCUAAGCUGGUUUCCACGUGACUUCUCAUGUGUUCUUCUUCUAUACGAGGAACACAAGUACAUGAAGAGUGAGCUAAAAAACAGAAAAAAAACAGAUGUCUGAUAUCUUGUCACAUUCUAUCUUAAUCAAGCUGAAGGAAAACAAUUUAGUUCUCUUGUCACACAUCUUUGUUGCUGACUGGCAUUCUGUUCCUUUGGCAUAUUUGUGUGGCUUGCUUGUGGCAUUCCAUCAUCAUUGCAUAUUACAUGCAAACUUUCACAAUAGUAAUUCAUAUCAUUAUUUUGCUCCUUAA